GCUUGCUCUCUCUCCAGACCCAAACCUGCCUCUCCACUUCAAGAAACAUCGGAAAACCAUGGCCAGUCGCACGGAGGUCUCACCAGGGAGAAGGAAAAACACGGUGUCGGAGCAGAUAAGCGCGCUGGGUGCCAUGCUCACGCGAGUGCUGUCUUCGGGUGAGCCCGCGGAUGCGUCGACGACGCCGGCGACGACGACGAGGGGAAGAGACAGACAUCCUGCGGGCGCGGAAGGAGGAGAUGAUGAUGGUAGAAGUCAAGCAGAUACCGUCGAUGAAAUUCAGCUGGCAAAGGAAAAGGCAAAAGCACAAGAACGUUCCACUUCCCGCGGCCGCCAAUUCCAAUCAUCUGGCAGAGGAGGCUUAGGCAAUAUCCUCCCUCGUCGCUCCCCGUCUCCUUCUCGCUCUCCAUCUCGUGCACGGGCACACGUCGACGGCCCCGAUGACUUCUCAAACACUCGUGGUCGUGAACCUCGCUCUGCACUGUCAAUCGCCGCAACCUCGCAGCCAAUAUCAAUCGGACGGGGAGGUGCUGGUAAUAUCAGGUCACCAUCACGACCUCGGGAGACAGCAGGACUAGGGUAUACCUACGCCGCCGAAGAAGAACUAUCGUAUGUCCCCACGAUCGCACGAGGGAGAUCGGAAGAGAGCAGGACACCUGCUGUCCGCUCCUCUGGCCGUGGUGGAAUAGGCAACAUCCGCGCCUGUUCACCAUCCCGUUCCCCUGCGAAUACGAAUUCCUCCAUCCCAGACCGAUCCCCGACUCGCUCUCGCUCUCGUUCUCGAGGCCCUCAGGCCGUAUCCGCCAACACCAUCGGCGAAUCUCCAGAGCUUGGACGGUCGAGGACGAGGAUCACAGUCCCGUCGACGCUUCCGGUGCAUGAUGAGGAGUAUGCGUUCGAUAGGAGGACCGCUGAGAUGUAGGUCUCGACAAAAGCUGAUGAUGGAGUGGGGAGUGUGCGUUGACGGAUUGAUUGAAUUGUACUUUUAUUCGUGGAUUUAUUUAUACCAGAAGACGACCCUGCGUUCACGCUUCAUUGAGCUGUUUCUUCUUCUUCUUCUUCUUCUUCUUCCAGUUUUGUGUACCUAGUGUGUUCUUGUACUUUAUCGUCGCCACUGACUUGGGGUGCUGAUUGUCGAGUGGUUCAAAAAUUUCUUGGCACUUGCCUGAUACUUAUGUUUCGCACCCACCGCUCAUCGUUCUAAUCGGCCUUUCUAUGAUACUUAUCUCUCUGUAACAAUAACAUCGUGAUGGAAACACUCCUAUUCGC